AUGCAAUGGGGAAUGAAAAAAAUCGAAAAAGGCGCAACUAUUCAAAAAAAAAAAAAUAAACGUCUGGAUAGGCGUAAAAUAGCAGAUAAUAUUUCCAAGCUGGUUGAUGAUUCCGAAGGAGAGGUGUUAAAAUUGGACCGAUCACUAAUUACAGCGAAAGAUAGUUUUGUUAAUGGUUUUAAUAAUAGCGACAAUGGCGUUGAAAAGGUUAGUAAGUUUAAUACAGUACUAAAAUCUCCAGAGCAACACUUCUUAGACCCUUGUAACGGAUUAGAUGAGAAUUUUGUCUCUGAAAUUGAUGUUGCUGGAAAAGAGCUUGUUUUAGUAAAUAAAAAUGGAAGUCCCGAGCCACUUGUUCAAAACUUUACUGACAACCUUUCAAAUUUGCAUGCAGCAUGUGAUUCGCUUCCCUGCAAUAGUUCAUUAGAUAGUAUGAAUGAGAAAACUGAUAGUAAUUUGACUCAAAAUAUGUCAGUCGAUCAUGUUUCGUUUUCUAAUGAGCGUUGUAGUCCAGCUGUUUUUGCUUUAGACAUUAGAAUGAGUGAACAAAACUUGCAUGCUUGUAGAAAUGUAGAGCUUAAAAAUAAUAUGCAUGUGCCUGAACGCUGUGAUUCCUUUCGAUCUAGAAAGUGUGCUGAUAUAACUGAUAUAAAUAACUUAUCAGCUGAGUGGGACUCGCUUAAUGCUAUUAUUUUAGAACCUGCAUGUAAUGAUUUAGCGACUUUAAAUCAAUCAAAAAUGAUAAGUAAUAAUAAAGCUGUUUCUCACAUCACGUCAAAUGAAUGUACUGAUAAGAAUGUCCAUGUGUUUGACGUAGUUAGGUAUAGUAAUGAUAAUAAUCACAUUUUUCAGUUUGGUUCAACUAAUGUUAGUUGUGAAAAGAAUACUUUUAUUCCUACCAGAAAUUAUGGCAAACUGUGUAAAAAUAGUCUUAAAGUGUACCAAGCAAAAUCUAAAACUGAUAAAAUACCAUGCAAUCAACCUAAAACUUUAGAAAAAAGUUUUGUUGAAUUGCAAGGUAGGAAAUUAGAAGAGCUUAAUAAUUCUUCCAUAGCUUUACUGCAAUCUAAAAAAUCUACAGAUUGCAAUGGUUCAGCUCAUUCUUCUCAGUUUGAAGAAAUAGAUGUAAUACUUCAUCACUGUCCUAAUACUCCAUUAACAAUGGAAAUUAGUGAUGAAGACAAUACGAAUGCUAAUCGUCACUCUGAACAAUCAAUGGACCUUUCUGAUUCAGUUUCUAACUCUCAACAUCAUGACCAUUGUAGCUAUAAUGAAAGUAAUUCAGAAUCUGAUGAUAACUCAAGCAAUAAUAAUAGAACUGAGCGUGAAGAAUUUGAAAGUAAUUCUGAAUAUAAUUCCUCUGAAGAAUUUCAACAUACCUCUGAUGAUUCUCAUGGUAAAAGCGAUAAAAGUGAUAUAGAUGAGUCUGAUAACAUUUCAAGUUCUGGUGAUGAUAGGUCCGAAGAAUCCGAAGAAUCUCAAAAUAAUGACGAUCAACCAAUAAAUGAAUUGUAUUUUCAAGAACCUGAAAAAAAAGGUCGACGAAUAUCAGACAUCUUUUGGUUGAUGGAAGAACUUCAUUUAAUAUUUGAUAACCAUUCAUCAUGUCCUGGUCUUUUUAAAGAUCUUCAAAUAUGUAAAGUAUUCAAUAAAGGCUUAAGAUCACUUCUCACUUGGAAGUGUAAAAAAUGCGGAAAAACUGCUAAAGUCUGGACUGAUCCUGAACAGCCUGCAGAUAGUAUGAACUUAAAUGAAGCUGCAACACUAGGAACAUUAAUUUCAGGAACUGGAUUUACCUCCCUGGAAGAACAACUUACAGAUAUGAAUAUUCCUUGUCUUGUACUAAGAAAUAAAGCCUGCACUGGAUGUGAACGUAAUUCAAAGCACAAUUGUGUGGAAAAUUGGGGCCGUGAUCAAACUUCAACGAGCAUGGAAACUGAUAUAAUUACAGAAGGUUUUAGAAAUAGCAUUGAAAUGCAUGAACUCAUUUAUAAAUAUGUUGUCGGUGACGGUGAUAGCAGUGUUUAUAAAUCGAUUAUAGACAAUGAUCCAUAUGCAGAGUACAGCGUUUGGGUGGAAAAAAUCGAGUGCAAAAAUCAUUUGUUUCGCAACUUCUGCGAUCACGUCGAGGAAGUAGCUAAAAAAACAAAACUUCUUUACGCUGUUAAUCGAGGAUCAGUUAAAGGCAUACACGAUGACAUAAAAGCCAGUGCUCUGAAAAUGCGUGUGCAUAUUGAAAAAGCAAUGGUACGUCGCAAAGAUGAAGUUGGUUCUGUACAAGAAAAAACAAGUCGUCUAUUAAAUGAUAUUAAUAAUACUCCAUGUCAUAUUUUUGAAGAACAUAGAAAUUGUGAAAAAAAUGACAAUGGUGAAUUGAAUGAAAUUUGUAAAAGUAUUUCCAAAAAUAAUGUUGAAUUCUAUAAAAAAAUUGGAAUGUUUCAAGAAGUUGAAAAUCAAAUUACACGACUAGCUUUAAAUGUUAGUAGUUUAUUAAUAAAUCUCACUAGCAACGCCGCUGAAUUAUACAAUUCGAUGGCGAACAAAUUCCAUGGUGGUAGGCGUGUCAAUAACAGUAUGAGCAAUUCUUUCGAGUUAAGAGCACUUUGUGCGAUGAUACAAUUUAAUAACAAUCCAGUAUUGUCAGUAAUUCUCAAUUACUUAGAAUUGCCAGUUCCUGCAAUUGUAGUAAAAAUGGAAGAAAGCAGGCAUAAACAAAACGAAUAUACCAGAAAAUAUCGAGAAAAUGGCGGGCGGAAACGUCGGCGGCAUUACGGUACAGAUAAGGAUUAUGGGCCAUUCGCUAGUACCGCAGAUGUUUCAUUACUUGUUUACAAUUUACGUAAAGAUGACCAUCUUAAAAAAUUGAAAGAACGUCAAAUGAAACGGGACGAUAUUCAAAAAGAAACUGUUAAUCAAAGUACCUGCAGUAACUGGUAUAUGUAUCGAGCUGAUAUUAUUACAGCAUCACAUUUUGGUGAAAUUUCUCAACAAACUGCUGCUCAAAAGAAAGCUGCAUUGCUAGAAAAGAAAACUAGACAGAAACGCACAAGCGUUUGUCAGUCUCGUCCAAAACGUACAAAGCGUAUGACUCAAUCUCCUGAUUCCCCUAGAAAUGAAACAGAUUCAAGUGAUGUCAGUGAUAAUGAUUCUGUGUCUAAUCAGCCAAAUUCAGUGUCUAAUCAGUGGGUUCCAGUAGUAGAAGAACCUUCUAAUUUAUUAGAUGAAGAUCAAAUAGCAUGUAUAGAUAAUAUUCGAGCUAAUAUAUCAGCUGAAAAAGUUAUAGAUAAUGUUAGAGAUUCUGAGACUAUGUUAAAUGAUGAAUCAAUUGAAUAUUUUCUACAAAUAUUGGCUGAUAAUUCAGAUUAUAAUACCUUUCCUGUAUUUUAUACUGUAAUAUCUAGUCUUAAAACACCGUCAGAUACAAAUCAUGAUUUGCAAAUAGUUGGUGGAAAUACAUCUGAAGAUAUUAUUUACAAGAAGGUAACUAAUCAAGGAAACGAUUUUACUAUUUGCGGAGUUUACGCAGCUGCAUUUGCUACUUCAAUAGCCUUAGGAGAAGAUCCAUCGACUGUUAAUUACUCUUUAAGUAGUCGUGAAAUGCGUGAUCAUUUAAUUAAAAUUAUCCAAAAAAAAAAAAUUAUUUUUGUUUCCCAAGCAGGUUACAGAAUGAGUAAACUUUCGAUUUGGAUAUCACAAAUUUUUGAAUAA